CCAGACAGAUUUCCUGCUCUCUGGUAGGGCCGAGGGCUGCCGGCUGCGGGUUACAGGCUACGGGCUACGGGCUACGGGCUGCGGGCUGCGGGCUGCGGGAGAAGUUACCGGCGGCGCAGGUACCUCACUGCCCACGCGCGUCCCCACGACCCUCCCUCGCGCCGGCGGGGACAGCGGGCGCCCCGGAGCGGAGCGCGGCGGGCGGGCGCCCGGGAGAUGCGGAGUCGCCGCGGCGGAGCGAUCGGCGCGUCAGCACCGGUCCCUGGGAGACUAUAGCCCUCAUUUCCCCUCGGUGUGCCAUGGAGCCCUUCUGUCCACUCCUGCUGGCAAGUUUUAGCUUGUCGCUCGCCAGAGCUGGCCAGGGCAACGACACCACCCCAACAGAGAGCAACUGGACCAGCACAACUGCAGGCCCUCCGGACCCUGGUGCAUCUCAGCCCCUGCUCACCUGGCUGCUGCUGCCUCUGCUCCUCCUCCUGUUCCUCCUUGCAGCCUACUUCUUCAGGUUCAGGAAGCAGAGGAAGGCCGUGGUCAGCAGCAACGACAAGAAGAUGCCUAACGGGAUCCUAGAGGAGCAAGAGCAGCAGAGGGUGAUGCUGCUGAGCAGAUCUCCAUCAGGUCCCAAGAAGUACUUCCCCAUCCCGGUGGAGCACCUGGAGGAGGAGAUCCGGGUGAGAUCUGCAGAUGACUGCAAGCGGUUCCGAGAGGAGUUCAAUUCAUUGCCAUCUGGACACGUACAAGGAACCUUCGAACUAGCAAAUAAAGAAGAAAACAGAGAAAAAAACAGAUACCCCAACAUUCUGCCCAAUGAUCAUUGCAGAGUGAUUUUGAGCCAAGUGGAUGGAAUCCCCUGCUCUGAUUACAUCAAUGCUUCCUACAUAGAUGGCUACAAAGAAAAGAACAAAUUCAUAGCAGCUCAAGGCCCUAAGCAGGAGACAGUGAAUGACUUCUGGAGAAUGGUCUGGGAGCAACGGUCAGCCACCAUCGUCAUGCUGACAAACCUGAAGGAAAGGAAGGAGGAGAAGUGUUACCAGUACUGGCCAGAUCAGGGAUGCUGGACCUAUGGCAACAUCCGGGUGUGUGUAGAGGACUGCGUAGUCCUGGUGGAUUACACCAUCCGCAAGUUCUGCAUCCAUCCGCAACUCCCAGACAGCUGCAAAGCUCCCCGGCUGGUCUCACAGCUACACUUCACCAGCUGGCCUGACUUUGGGGUGCCAUUCACCCCCAUCGGGAUGCUGAAGUUCCUGAAGAAAGUGAAGACACUCAACCCCUCACAUGCUGGGCCCAUUGUGGUCCACUGUAGCGCGGGCGUGGGUCGGACUGGCACCUUCAUUGUGAUCGACGCCAUGAUGGACAUGAUACACUCAGAACAGAAGGUUGACGUCUUUGAGUUUGUGUCUAGAAUCCGCAAUCAGCGCCCUCAGAUGGUCCAGACGGAUGUUCAGUACACAUUCAUCUACCAAGCCUUACUGGAAUACUACCUCUAUGGGGACACAGAGCUGGAUGUGUCCUCCUUGGAGAGGCACCUACAGACCCUACAUAGCACAGCCACCCAUUUUGACAAGAUCGGGCUGGAGGAAGAGUUCAGGAAACUGACCAAUGUGCGCAUCAUGAAGGAGAACAUGAGGACGGGCAACCUGCCUGCCAACAUGAAGAAGGCCCGUGUCAUCCAGAUCAUCCCAUACGACUUCAAUCGGGUAAUCCUGUCCAUGAAAAGAGGACAAGAGUUCACAGACUAUAUCAACGCGUCCUUCAUAGAUGGCUACAGGCAGAAGGACUACUUCAUGGCCACACAGGGGCCUCUGGCUCACACAGUUGAGGACUUCUGGAGGAUGGUAUGGGAGUGGAAGUCACACACAAUCGUCAUGCUGACCGAGGUGCAGGAGCGGGAACAGGAUAAAUGCUACCAGUAUUGGCCAACAGAGGGCUCAGUGACUCAUGGAGAUAUAACUAUAGAAAUAAAGAGCGACACCUUGUCUGAAGCAAUCAGCAUACGAGACUUUCUGGUUACUUUCAAACAGCCCCUGGCCCGCCAGGAAGAGCAGGUCCGAAUGGUGAGACAAUUCCACUUCCAUGGCUGGCCUGAGGUGGGAAUCCCCGCUGAGGGCAAAGGCAUGAUUGACCUGAUCGCAGCGGUGCAGAAGCAGCAGCAGCAGACAGGCAACCACCCCAUCACCGUGCACUGCAGCGCGGGAGCAGGGCGGACAGGUACAUUCAUAGCACUCAGUAACAUUUUGGAACGAGUGAAAGCCGAGGGACUCCUAGAUGUGUUUCAAGCUGUGAAGAGCUUAAGACUUCAGAGACCACACAUGGUGCAAACCCUGGAGCAAUAUGAAUUCUGCUACAAAGUGGUACAAGAUUUUAUCGAUAUAUUUUCUGAUUAUGCUAAUUUCAAAUGAAGAUUCCUGCCUUAAAAUAUUUUUUAAUUUAA